AUGCAUAUGGAAGAUCUCAGUGUCAACUGCAAAAAUGCAGACAUCCAAGGGAGAGCGCGGCACGUUUCUCAAAAGAUGAAGGACAUUCAUUUCGCUGCAUUUUGUCAUUUUUUGGCAGACUUGUUUGCCAUACUCAGUCGGUUGAGUCUGCAAAUGCAAAGAAAUGAUAUUAUACUCCCCUCAGUAGUGUCCCAUCUCAAGAAAACAUUAGUGAGAAUUGAAAGUGUUACCCGUCGUCCAGUGGCAGAUGGCCAUUUCGCUAAAUUCUGGGAGAAGGUGGAAGGGACUCAAACAUUUCAAGGGGUGACUUAG